AUUACUAUGUUAUUUUUCACUAUUAGUAUUACUAGCCGAACACAAUUCCAGACAAAGAAGAUGUUUGAAUGAUACAGAACAAUCUCUAAUCAUCGACACCAUGGUUUGGAGUGACAUUUAUCUAAAGACUAUAUAUCUUGCUAUCGUAGCUGUUUUUCUCUAUUUCAUUUCGUUAACAAUAGCACAAUCUACAACAGUGAAAACAAUUGAAAACAAUGAGUUUUUAGAAGAAAUGCAGUUGUCAACGGAUCCUUCGCCAACAACGACAACAGAACUUAUGGUCACCGCUGACAGUGCUAGAUGCCCUUUGGUUAUCCUGUCACCAGGCUUUGUCUCAACAGAUUUCGGCACCUCCGCACAAUUUAGAGCUAUUGUAGAAUCGAACAACGACCCAGCUCUGGAAUCAAGGUGGUUAAGGCUGCGGUCCAGUAUAACUGAAGCUAUUGACAUUAACCAGCCGAAGUACUCCGGUAGUAAAAACCUUCCCUCUCCAGAGCUAGUGAUUAAUAAUGUCACAUUUGAAGAUGAGAUCAGCUACCAGCUUCAAGUUCGAAUUGUCGGGGGGUGGUGCUUUGGGAAUACAGUUUCUUUGGACGUGAGAGGAAUUUUGCAGUUUAACGAUUCUUGCAAUGCUACAAAGGAGUGUGACCAACUCAAAGACUUGGUUUGUUCAUCAGUACACAAUAGCUGCAUAUGCAACAGUAACUCUUACCAUCGAUAUCGAGUUUGUUAUCCUAGGUCCAACUUAAGAGCUGUGUACGAUUCCUCCGAAAUAACGACUUCCUCUAUAACAGUGCGGUGGACUCCUCCUUACCUGGACCCGAACCUUGUGCAAUCAUACAGCGUUUCACUACGAGGUCACCAAGACUCGAACUAUUAUGAUAGUGCAUCCGUACAUUUACAAACUAGUUACAUGUACACCUUUAACUCCUCUUUUAUCCCAAGCUUUGACUAUUAUCUCGAAAUCACAUCCAAUAUUUUGCUAAGCGACCCCGAGGAGACGUUUAGCGUGAAAACUGGUCCCAUCACCUUACAUGUAAUUGUUGAUCCACAACCCCCAGGACCUAUUGACCCAACUGCAAGCAAUUUUCAUCCGCAGACACUUCGUCUGAGCUGGUCAAGAUCUCAGUACAGCUCUAAUGUAUAUUAUACGUAUCGAGUUACAAUAGCCGGGCACUCAUACGUUUCAUAUUCGACCUCAUUAUCCCCGUGGAGAGAACUUGAACCAGGCAGGUACUAUACGGUUCAAAUAAUGGCAGUUACCAAUUAUGGGACACGGAGUCCUGCCUAUAGUUCUAUAAUCCAGACGCUCCGAGUUCCUAAAGUUACCCUUCCUCGCUCAUCAUAUAACAUACCGGUUCAAUCAGACUUUGAAAUGGUGGCAUCGGUUCAAAGCUUCUCCGAUUUCCCCCCUACGACUUCAACAAAAUGGCAAAGAAACGGUCAAGAUAUCAAUAUCAAUGACACCAGAUACAAUGGAAGUACGGAGGAUUUAGUUGCUCCGAAGUUGGUCAUCAACAAGGUGGAUUUUGACAAUGACCAUACGGCUAACUACCGUUGUAUAGCAACCAAUUCCGAAGGAUCGUGGACCAGCGGCAGUACAAGAUUGUACUUGGAAGGGAGCCGCAAGUUUCUAGAGACGUGUACACGGAGUGAGGAAUGCGUCUCAGGAAAACAAUUGACGUGUCGACAAAACAAAUGCCUCUGCUAUACGUCAUAUUACCACAAAUACCAUGCAUGUUAUCCCAGGUACUUGUUGCAAAUAAACAACUUGGACAUUGUCAAAAGCACCUGUGACGCAGUUCUAAGAUGGAAUCAUCCAACAGUCGACUUCCAGCUCAUCACUGAUUACAUCAUAGAGAGGCAAAUUUUGCACGGCAGUAACUCAUGGUUUUCUGAAGAAACGGUCUCUGUAGGGACAGUCACGCAAUAUAGUACAAGCUGUACUUUACAACCAGGACGUCUCUACAGAUUUUUAAUUCGUCAGCAAGUAUCACUCACUGAUCCAUAUGAAACAUUUUUGGUUGAUCCCGGUAUAUCUCGAACAAAAAUAAUGGAACCACUGCCUCCUGGAAGACUUGAUCUUGCGUUGAGCAAUUUUUCUGCGACUCAUUUGUUUUUAAAGUGGAAUCCACCGGAUGGAAAUUCAACACUAAAUUACUAUAAAAUAGUAGUUGAUGGACAUCAGCAGCAGACAUUCGGUAAUAUUCCAGAGAUUCACUGGAAUAAAAAACUAACGCCUGGAACUUCUUACAACGUAACAAUUACAACAGUAAGUUAUGGCGGUAUCUUCAGCGGUCCAUUGAAUGGAAUUGCGGAAAGUAAUCCCCAUAUAGAGACGAUAACAAUUGAUAAAAGUGAUCCAGAAGGCUAUUUGCAUUUGGAUUUUGGAAACCUAGACGAAAUACUCAGAGGAGAUGACGUUGAAAGUCCCAAGCUUUACUCUCCUACAUCAGUCUUCGCAGGGGACGGUUCAGAGGAAGGUUUUAACUUUGUUCAUAUUGGCUCAAAUGGUGUUAUUGGACUUGGAGAAGGAUUUAACAGUCCUACAAUAUAUGAUAUUAAUACGGAGACGGUACAGGGUAAGCGCAUCAUUUGUCCAUUUUGGACAGACCUGUCGACAUCGAACAGUAAUGGCACCGUUUACUACCAGACUUAUCAGAGGGGAAAUGGCACAGAAAGCAAUUCUUUUCUGGAAAACGCAAAUGCCAUUGUGCGCCGUCAAUUUGGUGACUUUCCCGAGUUUAAUGCAUCUUGGCUUCUUAAAGUCACCUGGAAUAACAUGACCUUUGAAGGGAUUACGUCGAAGAACUUAACCUUCCAGUGUCUUCUGAUUACGGAUGGUCAAAGUACGUUCACUGUCUUCAAUUAUAUAGAUGUUGAUUUACCAGCAAUUGAAAAUAGAAAGAUAACUAUUGGCUACCAAUAUGGGAAUGUGUUCGAGAAAAACCCCUUUUCGUAUACAACGGCGGCAUUCAACAUGAGUGCAGUUCCGGGAAACAGAGGAGUAAAUGGGUUUUGGAUAUACAAACUGACCACAGGUGUUUUAUUAAAUAACGACGAAAGGGAAUGUUUUGAUUGGUACAUCCGAAAUAAGGAACAAAACACAUUCAACCAAUUGUCCUUUGUUCGAGGUCAAAUUAGAUGUCCCUGUACCAGUAUACUUCUAAGAUUUGACCCCCGGUAUGCAAUAAGCAGAUUUGACAGGAUCAAUAGAGCACUUUGCUACGCUUCUAGGACAAUUGGGAGAAAUACGGAAUGUUGCUAUAAAAUGCAUGGGUCGAUCAACAAUUUGGGUGCUCUUAAACGGUCUUUACCAUCCGCUGGAACUCUUUUGCAAUAUAAUCCGUUUUUCGAACAACGAAAACAUUUAAUGGAAGACCUUAAACCAAGAGAAACAUGCUGCAUAAAAACGAAACACUGCAAGUGGUUUUAUGCGGUCCGCCCUAUUCCCAGGUGUUAUCUGAGGUCUCCAUUUAAUCCCGCGUUGAACUUUGGAGAUCCACAUAUUGUGACACUUGAUGGGUUAAACUACACCUUUAAUGGGUACGGAGAGUACACAAUGUUGAACAUAUCAAAGAAACCAAUACAGUUUGACUUCCAGGCAAGGACAGACCUGGCAACAACAGCUAACGGCACGACUAUAAAUGCUACCAUAUUCAGUGCGUUUGUGGCCCAAGAUCAAACUGGAUCAAAACUGCAGAUUGAUAUGUCUCGGGACAAAAAAAGAAUGCUUGUAAGAGUCAAUGAAAAGGACAUGACAAAAGAAUUUGAAAAUUCUUCUUUUGUUUUCUUGAAUCAAAACAUGUCUGUUCAAUGGGAAAAUCAAACGUUAUCGGCUUCAUUUUUGCAAACAUCUGUUCUUCUUAAAGUCAGCCUGGGAGUGCGAUUUCUUAUAUCUGAGGUGGUUGUUGACAAUGAAUACAAAAGUCAUGCAAAAGGAUUAAUGGGGAAUUUUGAUGGGAAUGCUGCAAAUGAAUUUGUACUUCCAAAUGGGACAAUUUUGGAUGAUAAUGCAACUGAAACAGAAAGAAAUAUCUACAACAACUUUGGUCAAAAAUGGCUUGUAAAUGAAAAGUCUCUUUUUCACUAUGACAAGGGAUUAACGUAUCACAAUUACACUCAUCUUGACUUUGAGCCAAUAUUCUUAGACGAAGUGGAUAAAAAUCAAAUUGAGGACGCUAAUAUGAAAUGCGGUCCAAAUCCGUCACAAGCCUGCAUCUUCGAUUACCUGGCGACUGGAGACAUAGCUCUUGCAGAAUCAUCAGGAACUUCGGAAGCAUCAGCACAGUCCGAUAAGAAGAUAGUUGAAAACGAAUCACCUACCAUAGCAGGAAAUACUUCAAUCAAUGUAGAAAUGAAUAAGACUGUGUAUAUGCAGUUCAACGCUUCUGAUGACAGCACGAUAAAGCCUGAAUAUAGAAUUCUCAAAUACCCAGAUGGUUUUAAAUUAAACAAUACCACGGGUUUAGCCACGUGGACACCAAAGAAUACCAAUGUAUCAGAAAUUAGCAUCAGUGUGAUAGAUGGUAUUGGAGCUGAAUCACCAUCCCUGGAUGUAACCAUUAUUCUAUGUGGUGGAUGCGGAAGUCACGGACGCUGCGACUAUGACGACGUUAUACCCACUGAUAAUGCCCGCUACAGUUUAGCAGUGUGUUCAUGUGAAAAGGGCUAUUCCGGUUUGAACUGUGAACUAGAUACGAAUGCCUGCAGUAACGAACCAUGUUCGUUACGUAGAAAUUGUACUGACCUUACACCGGAAGAAGAAACUCGUUUGGGUCGGGGUUAUAACUGUUCUGGUUGUCCAAAAGGAUACAAUGAUAUGAAUAAUAAAUGUGAAGAUAUAAAUGAAUGUCAAGCAAGUGGGACGAACAUUUGCAACAUUCAGUCAGAGAUUUGUGAAAAUACUGAAGGAAGUUACAAGUGCAAUUGUUUGACAGGAUUUCGAAAAAGCAACACUGUUUGUGAAGAUAUCGACGAGUGCUUAGAACUGACUUCAGGGUGCGAACAGCUCUGUAAUAAUACACCUGGUUCAUUUGAGUGUCAGUGCUUCCCAGGGUUUGUCUUGAAAACUGAUAAAACUACAUGUUCUAAAUUAGACGAAAACCCUUGUGAGAGCUUCAACAAGACUUGUGAGUACACUUGUGAUCCGACUGAACAAAAAUGUCUCUGUCCAAUUGGUUAUCAACUAGCUGAAGACGAAGAGAAUUGUAUAGAUGUAAAUGAGUGUGUUGUCAAACCUUCACCAUGUCUACAGGAAUGCACAAACACCAAUGGUUCAUUCCAAUGUUACUGUCGUCCUGGGUACACAUUAGAUAAGGAUAAAGUUUCAUGUACAGAAUGUAAAGAACCAAAUUUCGGUGAAAAUUGCGGUCAAAUAUGUAAAUGUGGACAAGGUAUGGAUCGUUGUGACCCCGAGACUGGCUGUGUCUGUAAACCAGGCUGGACAGGGACGAAUUGUUCUGUCGAUAUCGAUGAGUGUGACAAUGAAACCAUAUGUGGAAAUGAAAAGGUCUGCAAAAACCUUGAAGGGUCUUACUUGUGCAAGUGUAGAGUCGGUUUUAAAAUGAAUGGAGAUACUUGCGAAGAUAUUGAUGAAUGUUCAGAUUUAACAUUAAACGAAUGUCCUGAUGAUACUGAUUGUCAAAAUCUCCAUGGAAACUACACUUGUAAUUGCAAGUCAGGAUUUCAAAAAAAUGAUUCCAAAUGUGAGGAUGUAGAUGAAUGUUUGAGCGGUACAUCUGAUUGUCAACACAUUUGCAUUAACAAUGUCGGGGGAUUUAAUUGUGAAUGUGAAUUUGGAUAUGCCUUACAUGACAUCGACAGAAAAACAUGUGAAAAGGUCGUCAAUGUAUGUGCCCUGUUCCCUGAAUUAAACUGCAGCUAUGGAUGUCGGCUCGAAAAAAGAUCCAAUUUAAAUAUAGGAUAUUGUUUUUGUGAAUCAGGGUUUAGGCUUGACUUCGAUAAUAGCUCUUGCGAAGAUAUUAAUGAAUGCGAAGAUUCAAGUACAUGUCAACAGAAUUGUACAAACAGUGAAGGAUCAUUUGAAUGUUCUUGUUCCACUGGACACGUUUUGGAAAAUGAUCGGAAAUCAUGCACAAAAUGUGUUGAUGGAUUGUACGGAGAAAAUUGUAAAGAACAAUGUAAAUGUGGCCAAGGUUCUGAAAGGUGUGACCAUAUUAGUGGAUGUAUGUGUAAAUCUGGUUGGACAGGAACAUUUUGUGAUACGGACAUUAAUGAAUGCAAUAACACUGAAAGUCCAUGUAAGAUCACCUAUGAAGAAUGCAUUAAUUUUGAAGGGUCUUUUAGAUGUGAUUGUGAAGGUGGAUACGAACGAACACCAACUGGAAGCUGUAAAGAAUGUACUUUAAACACCUUUGGAAAAAAUUGUUCAAGUCAAUGUUCGUGUGAUUUCACCAACACACAGUCAUGUGACAAGAAAAAUGGUACUUGUUACUGUAAAGAGGGAUGGCAAGGUGCUGAUUGUUCAGAAGACGUUCUAGAGUGUGCUAACACGACCAUCUGUGGUCCAAACACUAAAUGUUUAGAGACAAACGGAUCUUAUGUUUGUAAUUGUGACGUUGGAUUCCAGAAGGAUGGUUCUGGGUUUUGUAUCGAUAUUGACGAAUGUUCACUUGACUUAAAUAAUUGUGACGUCAAUGCCAACUGUACUAAUAAAGUAGGAAAUUUCACAUGCACUUGCAAACCGGGAUAUAGUGGCGACGGUCAUUUUUGCGCAGAGAGAGUAGCAGCAUAUAAACCAAAAACUACCGAGGCUAAACUUGGAAUUGUUGUGACCUUCGCAAAGAACAUACCACUUGCUGAUGACUAUGCUAAUGUCGUGAAAAACAUGGAAACAUCUUUAACUAAUUUCUACAAAAGCCGGAUCGCUGGAUUCCUGAAAGUACUUAUUCUGGUCAUAAGGAAAGGAAGUACAAUCGUUGAAUUCGAAGUUAUAACCGACAAGAAAGAAGAAGCAAAACAAGAUAUUGUUUCAUCAAUAAUAAGUUUAUCUAAAGGAGAAGGCAACAUAUUGUAUGCUAAUGAAUUGAUAACACCUUCAUCUGUAUCAGUGAUUGAUGCUACUGGAGAGGAACGAGCUAUCAAAAAUACGUCUUCCAAAUGCGAUGUGUUUGCAGUCGGCAAUUUGUGUGAGGAAAACGAGAAGUGUAUAGAAUACAGUAGCAGAGCUUACUGCACAAGGAAGAAAGAUUCGAGCGGGGACAAUUUUCAGCUAGUUAUUGGACUUGUCGUCGGAAUAUCACUCUUCGCCCUUGCAUUUGUCAUUGGAAUCAUCAUCAUUUGCUGCGUUAGAAGAAAGCGCCAUUCAAAAAGGCCGUUGUCUUCUAAUGAUGAUUUUAGAGAGCCAUAUUUAGAUCAAGGAAUGUAUUUUUUACCGGGAUUGCCAAGAAGAAUCGAGGGCUGGGGUCGAUAUUGGGUCCAAUACCCUCCCCAUUACGGGGAAGGUCGGGAAGGAAAAAGAAGAAGGGAAAGGUUCGAUGAUGCUGAAGUUUAUGACAGAGGUUCACGGAAUUCCAUUGAUUAAGCAUUACGUUAGCCACCAAAUGAGAAGUAAUAUUGAUGAGAAAGUAUUUACUGUGCUCGGUGACUUCAUGUGGCCAUUAGCAACAUAUGAACCGUUCAAUCAGAUUCUCAACGAUCAAAAUAUAUUCUUACAUCGUAUUUUCCUCUGUGUUGUAUCGAUCUCAGGUGUAAUAUUUUUUUUACUGAUUGUACUCACAAACAUUUGCGCAAGAACUUCAUUUGUAAUAAAAUGAAUGAAAAAAAACAAUAUCUACAUGUAAAUAUAUAUAAUCAUAUUUAAAAGUGUUGAGUACUAGUGUCAAUGGACAAUUUUAAACAAAGGAAUGUGGGUACGAAAAAUUGUAAUAUCAAUGUAAAUGCUACAAAUGGUAAAACGCAAACUAUUGAAAUAUAUAUUUUAUUAAGGCAAUAAAUUACAGAGAUUGUAUCAAUUUAUAUAUUUAGAUGGUGUAUUCUAUCAUGUUAAUAUUAUCAUAUUUUUUUCACAUACGGUCACGUAUAUGUUUCAUAUUAGAGAUGUAUCCUCUAUUAUUUUGAAUGGUAUUUUGUACCAUUGUGUGUCCUACGUAAAUAAAUAAUAUGCAUAAAUUGUACAAGACUUUGUAUACGUUAUUAAGUUGUAUUUGGUGAACAUUUUGAAUUCAAUAUAAUUUUAAAGUAUUACAUAUUCGUUUAUUACACUUUAAAACUGCUUACUAUUUGUUUUUGUU